AUGAAGACUGUCCUCGCCCUCUCCGUGGCGGCUGUCGCUCAGGCGGCAUUCAGCACCGAGACUAUCCACAAGGGAUCUGCUCCCGUUCUCAGCUCCGUUCACGCCGAUGUCGUCCCCGACUCUUACAUCAUCAAGUUCAAGGACCACGUCAACGAGGCCAAGGCCACCGACCACCACAAAUGGAUUCAGAACAUCCACAAAGAUGGCGAAGAGGAGCGCUUUGAGCUCCGUAAGCGUAGCCUCGGCUCCUCUAUUGAGGAGGCUUUCGCUGGCAUGAAGCACACCUACAACAUUGCCACCGGCUUCAAGGGCUACUCUGGCCACUUCCACGAGUCCACUAUCGAGAAGGUCCGAAACCAUCCCGAUGUUGAAUUCAUUGAGAAGGACACCAUCGUCCACACCAUGCGUCCCGUCAGCUCUGAGGAGUCUGUUCAGGAGGACUGCAACCCCGAGACCGAGAAGCAGGCUCCUUGGGGCCUUGCUCGUGUCUCCCACCGCAAGGGUCUUUCUUUCGGCACCUACAACAAGUAUCUCUAUGCUGCCGAAGGCGGCGAGGGUGUUGAUGCCUACGUUAUUGACACUGGUACCAACAUUGAGCACGUCGACUUUGAGGGCCGCGCUAAGUGGGGUAAGACUAUUCCUACUGGUGAUGCUGAUGAGGAUGGCAACGGCCACGGCACUCACUGCUCUGGAACCAUUGCCGGCAAGAAGUACGGUGUUGCCAAGAAGGCAAACGUCUAUGCCGUCAAGGUCCUCCGCUCCAAUGGCUCUGGCAGCAUGGCCGAUGUCGUCAAGGGUGUCGAAUUCGCUGCCACCAGCCACGCCGAGCAGGUCAAGGCUGCUAAGGAUGGUAAGCGCAAGGGCUUCAAGGGCUCUGUCGCCAACAUGUCUCUUGGUGGUGGCAAGACCCAGGCUCUCGACGCUGCCGUGAACGCUGCCGUCAAGGCUGGCAUUCACUUUGCUGUCGCUGCCGGUAACGACAAUGCCGAUGCCUGCAACUACUCUCCUGCCGCUGCCGAACUCCCCGUGACUGUCGGUGCUUCUGCCUUCGACGACACUCGUGCUUAUUUCUCCAACUACGGCAAGUGCACUGACAUUUUUGCCCCCGGUCUGAACAUUCUUUCCACCUGGAUCGGCUCCAAGUACGCCGUCAACACCAUCUCUGGUACAUCCAUGGCCUCCCCUCACAUCUGCGGUCUCCUCGCCUACUACCUCUCUCUUCAGCCUGCCAGCGACUCUGAGUACUCUGUUGCUCCCAUCACCCCCAAGCAGCUCAAGGAUACACUCAUUAAGAUCUCCACCGAGGGAGUCUUGACUGACAUCCCUGCCGGAACCCCCAACAAGCUCGCCUGGAACGGUGGUGGCUGCAGCAACUACUCCAAGAUUGUCGCCGCCGGUGGCUGGACUGGUAAGCCCGCCGCCUCUGAGAUCGAAAAAGUCGAGAAGGCUGCCAAGGAGGAGGUCAGGAUCAUCUCCACCAAGGUCUCCAAGGGUGUCAAGAACUUCGGCGACAAGGCUGAGAAGUUUGUCGAGAAGAUUCACGACGUUGUCGACAAGGAGAUUGAGCACUUCAUCUCCGAGAUUUCUCUGUAA